AAAAAAAACCAAACAUAUAAUAAUGAUAAUAAUGGCAACUAUCACCACGUGCCAGGUACCCUUACCCUUCCAAGCUCUAUAUAUGUUUACCCAUUUAGCCAGCAAAAAGUAUUUUUGGAGCAUUUCUCCACUAAAGUAGCCCAAGGAGAGACAACAUCCCUCCCGCCCCACUCCGUUGAAUGACUUUGCAACCCGAAAUCACAACUCGGGUUUUAGGUUCCUGGUGGUGCCCGCUUCCUCUUCUAGUUUGUUUAGUCACAGAAUUCGAUUCCUGUUGGCGGACUCAGCGCCUCCAAACAGGCUUAGCGCUCUUUUGAAAUGCGGGAGGCUCCUUCACUCUUGUAUAAACAGAAACCAGCUGUAACACCAGGUCAGAGCGCAUUAAAAUGAGCCACUUUGAACGAGCGGCGCCCAGGCCCCAGGCCCUGCUGUGAAGGCCCCGGCCGAGGUCAGGACUCGGUCCGCGUGACGUGCCUUCCUACGCGGGUCCGAGCCAGGCUGUGCCGCAGCUAAGGUAUCUGCGCUCCUAAAACAACAGGAAUGUUGCACUGGCCUUCAGCCAGCGGAGGCUCAGCGAGCAGGAUAAAAUUUCAGUGCAGAUUUACGGGAAGUUGCCGGUGUUGGGAGUAAAAAUCUGGUUUGGCCAGGUAACAGCGGAAUCAGAAGGACACCUGGCACCAGGUCACCCAGCAGAGCUCAGCAAUCCCUUGGCUUUCUGAGGACGUUUGGAUUGGCCUCAAAGGGCACUCCAAAAAUUGAACGGACAACUCUCAAGCAAGCAAGCUGCCUGAAUUUACCUGCCCAUCAUCUUCUAAAGGAACAGACCUAUUGAAUUGGUGGCUUUUGGUUUCCAGCUGUGGAUGCCUUUGACAUUAUGACCGCAGAGGAUUCCACCGCAGCCAUGAGCAGCGACCCAGCUGCAGCAUCCUCGGCGAAGGUACCCGAGGGCGUGGCGGGCGCGCUCAACGAGGCCUCGCUGCUGUCGCUUAUGGAACGCACCGGCUACAGCAUGGUGCAGGAGAACGGGCAGCGCAAGUACGGCGGCCCGCCCCCCGGCUGGGAGGGCCCGCACCCGCAGCGCGGCUGCGAAGUCUUCGUGGGCAAGAUCCCUCGCGACGUGUAUGAGGACGAGCUGGUGCCCGUGUUCGAGACAGUGGGCCGCAUCUAUGAGCUGCGCCUCAUGAUGGACUUCGACGGCAAGAACCGUGGCUACGCCUUCGUCAUGUACUGCCACAAGCACGAGGCCAAGCGCGCGGUGCGCGAGCUCAACAACUACGAGAUCCGCCCGGGCCGCCUGCUGGGCGUGUGCUGCAGCGUGGACAACUGCCGCCUCUUCAUCGGUGGCAUCCCCAAGAUGAAGAAGCGCGAGGAGAUCCUGGAGGAGAUCGCCAAGGUCACCGAGGGCGUGCUCGAUGUGAUCGUCUACGCCAGCGCGGCGGACAAGAUGAAGAACCGCGGCUUCGCCUUCGUGGAGUACGAGAGCCACCGCGCCGCGGCCAUGGCGCGCCGCAAGCUCAUGCCCGGCCGCAUCCAGCUGUGGGGCCACCAGAUCGCCGUGGACUGGGCGGAGCCUGAGAUCGACGUGGACGAGGACGUGAUGGAAACCGUGAAGAUCCUCUACGUGCGCAACCUCAUGAUCGAGACCACCGAGGACACCAUCAAGAAGAGCUUUGGCCAGUUCAACCCCGGCUGCGUGGAGCGCGUCAAGAAGAUCCGCGACUACGCCUUCGUGCACUUCACCAGCCGCGAGGACGCAGUGCACGCCAUGAACAACCUCAACGGCACCGAGCUGGAGGGCUCGUGCCUGGAGGUCACGCUGGCCAAGCCGGUGGACAAGGAGCAGUACUCCCGCUACCAGAAGGCAGCCAAGGGCGGAGGCGCGGCGGAGGCGGCAGCUCAACAGCCCAGCUACGUGUAUCCCUGCGACCCCUACACACUGGCCUACUACGGCUACCCCUACAAUGCUCUCAUCGGGCCCAACCGGGACUACUUCGUGAAAGGCAGCAUAAGAGGCCGAGGGCGAGGUGCAGCUGGCAACAGAGCCCCCGGACCCAGGGGUUCCUACCUCGGGGGAUAUUCUGCUGGCCGCGGUAUAUAUAGCCGAUAUCAUGAAGGGAAAGGAAAGCAGCAAGAAAAAGCAUAUGAACUUGUGCCGAAUUUGGAAAUCUCUGCUGUCAAUCCAGUUGCCAUUAAACCUGGUACAGUGGCCAUCCCUGCCAUCGGGGCCCAAUAUUCCAUGUUUCAGGCAGCCCCAGCCCCUAAAAUGAUUGAAGAUGGCAAGAUCCACACAAUGGAGCACAUGAUCAGCCCCAUCGCUGUGCAGCCAGACCCAGCCAGUGCCGCCGCUGCUGCUGCUGCUGCUGCUGCUGCAGCCGCUGCUGUCAUUCCUGCAGUAUCAACGCCGCCACCUUUCCAGGGCCGCCCCAUCACCCCCGUGUACACGGUGGCUCCCAACGUUCCGAGAAUCCCCACUGCCGGCAUCUACGGGGCCAGUUACGUUCCAUUUGCUGCACCGGCCACGGCCACCAUCGCCACACUACAGAAGAACGCUGCCGCCGCCGCCGCCAUGUACGGAGGGUACGCUGCUGGCUACAUACCUCAGGCCUUCCCGGCUGCUGCUAUUCAGGUCCCCAUUCACGACGUCUACCAGACCUACUGAGGCCGGUGACAGGCGCAAUGGCCAGCCACAGAGAUCGCUGCAGGGACACUGCACAAUUUAUGAAGAAAGGACCAUGUUGGAUUCGCGCACGUGUGAACUGUGACCGUGAAGAAUGUUAUCGAAUAUCAAAUGUUACCUGAAAUAUUUUAUACACAUGAAGUUUUCACUAGUUUUUUUUAAGACUGUCCUCAACGGAGCAGGCCUGUGUUCAUACAUUUCUCAGAGACUCGCAGGGGCCCGUGCCUUAAUACAUACCAUCUUUUAAAAAAAAAAACUUGUCUGCCGAAUGACAUUUGUAUAGAGGUUUUGUGUCGUUCUGUUUUUUAAGGAUCUAUUUUCAGUAUGAAGGUUAUUUUCUUAACUUCUGCACUCCGGAGAGUUCUAUUUUGUGGUACCUUCCAUAGUAGACCAGCUGGCUGUUUAAAAAGCACCCUCGAGCAGCUGGAGGACUGUUUUGAAAAAAAAAUAUAUUCACUAUUUAAAGAUGCAAACAAUCGUGCUUUAAAAUACUACACCAAGCAUUAUUUUAAAGGUGAUACUGGAAAGUGCAAUUUUAAUAUGAGUCAAACCUCUGCUGUAUUUCCGCUGGCAUUAAGGGUUGACGGUGUUACCGUGUGUUACCGUGUGUUACCAUGAUGCUUCUGUUUUUGAAAAGAAAUCGGAACACUCAAUCUCUCCUCAGGCCAACAUGGAAAUGACUCGUCACACUCUUGAGUCCAAACACUGGAAAGCUGUACCUGUCACCAUUACCUUGGGUUGGUUCUCCAUGUGCCUUGAUUGUUAAAUGUGCCCCUCCCAUCCCGCCUCACCCCAGUCCCCAUCCCUAGUCCAGCUUCAAAGUUUGGCAAUUCUAGGAAGCAUGAAGAACUCUAUAGAGAAAACAACUGGUGGCUUUUGUACUUCUCCCUGGGUUUUUAAUGGGCUUCUUUGUUUUGUUGUACUGUUUUGUUUUGUUUUGUUGUUUGGUUGGGGAGGUAUUAUCUUCUACAUGUGCUCUUUUCAGUAGCAGAGUACGUGUAAGCACCGGGUUUUAAUAUUAUGUUUGCAUAAGACAUCUUCGCAUAGCUAUUUAAUUGUCCAGGAUAAAACUUUAAUUCCCUUUCUGAUGUUUUAAUUUUAUUCCUUUUUGAAGUAUGGGUUUUUAGAGACAAAGAAUGUAUGUUGUUGUGGACAAGAUCCCAAAGAUUCUUGUCAGCAGAAAGUUAAGCCUCUGGCUGCCUUAUCAUGUUUCAUGCAAAAUGCUGUAGUCACCGACGGUGUUGGGAACGUUAUGCUUGUAGAAAAGGGCUUUUCCUCCUUAGCUGUGCACUCGGUGGCUGAGCUGAAGUGCGGCCCGCACAUCCAGGAGGAGAGACCUGAAGGAGUUUUAUAAAAGUUUGUAAAUAUCUUCUCAUGCUGACUUUUUAGUCUUUUUAUGUUGCUGAAGUUCACGGUAUAGAGUUUAAUGCCAAGUGAAACCAUUUUAUUUCAAUGUUAUUAAAAAGAUUUGCUUUAUUAGGAAGUAAAUAUAUUGUUGCAGUGUUUUGUGCCUGUUUAAGGGCUUUUGUUUAGCAAAGUGAAUGUAAAAUACAGUAAAAUGUUAAGAUUGUCAUCUCUUCUAUGAACUACAUCAACUUGGAAUUUUGAAAAGGCUCUAUCCAGGAAGUUCGGUGUGCAAUAAGGUAGCAGAUCCACAGUGGUGUUUUAUGUCAUGUUAGAGAUUCAUCAAAUCAUUCCAUUCACUGUAUUUCUGUUGAUGGCUGAAUUCUUAUUUAUGGAUUAAUAAUAGGAUCAUGCCCUUAACAAAUACUUUUAGUUGUUUUUUUUUUAAUAAAGAGACUCCCAAAUACCUUCCCCCACCCAUCUUGAUGGGAUGAGUUUUUAUAUAUAUAAGGAAUAUUUAUUUAACUAUUCUAUAAAAUUAUUGAGUGCCUGCUAAGGCCUUUAAACAUUCCUGACAUUCCUUUCCAUCAUUCUUAAAUGACAUAAAGUGAUAGUGCAAUGUUCCUGAUGAGGUACCCAGCAAGCUUCAUCCAAACUCAGAAUCUGUUGGAAUGACUAAUCCAACAAAAUGCAAUUUGGAUCAGAUCUUCAUCCCUUGACUGUGUGAAAGAAGUACUCUCCUUCUGGUGAAGGAUUGUCACAGAGGGUCACUGGAUGAAACUCUGACCCAGUGCUCUUACUGUAUUUUACAUGUGCCUGUAAAUUAUUUGCAAAAAAGAAAAAGUUUUUUAACGGUAUCUUAACAUGGCAACUACCAAACUACCUUAAAAACAAACGUUGGUGACAGCCAGUUAAGUAUCAGUGAGCCUCCUCUCUGUGGUCUUACCUGUUUCUAUUGUUUGAAAACCAUUUCAUGUACACUACUGAGGUAAGUUUAUAACUUGAAAUGUGAACUUUUUAUUUUUUAGGGGUUAAGAACAAACUACAUAAAUGUUUAAAAAAAAGUUUUAGAGUUCUGCUUCACGUGCUAGUAGUUUAGUUGUUACUUUUAGCUGCAUUGUAUUUGAAAAACUUUUUAGAUCUUGCUCCAUUUGCAGUACAUUCUUAGGAUGUAUGUAGUAAAUAAAGCUUUCUUUAAAGCAAUUUCAA